GGUUUUGAGUCGUUAUCUUGCUUCGAAGAGAUAAACUGCAAUUUGAAUACGAGAGUAAGGUGGGCAUAUCCCAUCAACAUCCUUUCACUAAAGCAUGGCUGAGCCUGAGCUUCUCCUGGACUCCAAUAUUCGUCUUUGGGUUGUGCUGCCUAUUGUGUUUAUUACUUUUCUGGUUGGAGUGAUCCGUCAUUAUGUCUCAAUUCUGUUACAAAGUGAUAAGAAGCUCACGUUAGAGCAGGUUUCAGACAGCCAGGUUCUCAUCAGGAGCAGGGUUUUACGGGAAAAUGGAAAAUACAUCCCCAAACAAUCUUUCUUGAUGAGAAAAUUCUACUUUAAUAAUCAAGAAGAUGGAUUUUUCAAGAAGACCAAAAGAAAGGUGGUUCCACCAUCUCCAAUGACUGAUCCCAGCAUGUUGACAGACAUGAUGAAAGGCAAUGUGACAAAUGUCCUGCCUAUGAUUCUUAUUGGUGGUUGGAUCAACUGGACCUUCUCUGGGUUUGUCACAACAAAGGUACCGUUUCCCCUCACACUCCGCUUCAAGCCGAUGCUGCAGCAGGGAAUUGAGUUGCUCUCUCUAGAUGCUUCCUGGGUGAGUUCAGCAUCUUGGUAUUUCCUGAAUGUCUUUGGUCUCAGGAGCAUGUACUCUCUGAUUCUUGGACAAGACAAUGGUGCAGAUCAGUCUCGCAUCAUGCAGGAACAGAUGAGUGGUGCUGCAAUGGCAAUGCCUGCUGACACAAACAAAGCAUUCAAGGCGGAAUGGGAGGCUCUGGAGUUGACGGAUCAUCAGUGGUCCUUAGAGAAUGUCGAGGAGGAUCUGAUGAGUAAAGACUUGGAUUUUUUCGGGAUGUUCAGCAAAGAGUUGCCAACAGGCAUCUUCUAAGUGCCUGUCCACUCCUGAGAUGUUUUGGAAGACCUCACGAAAUAUAAAAGUGAAUUGUCA